AACAUUAUUAGAACUAUGCCAGCCAAAAAGAUUAUUGUUUUUUUGGGAUCAACCCGUGACGGCCGCUUGGGCGACAAAGUAGCCAACUAUGUGCGAAAUGUAUUGGAACAGACUGGAAUGUCUGCCAAAAUUUUUGAUCCACUUGAAAUGGAUUUUCAAAUGCUCAGGCAACCUUUGCACUUCAUGAAAGACAAAAGUGCUGCCCCUUCAUGGGUAACUGAAGCUAACAAGGAGAUUGAAUCAGCUGAUGGCUUUGUUGUUGUGCUCUCAGAGUAUAAUUGUGGUGUUCCUCCAGCUCUUAGCAAUAUGAUGAAUCACUUUCCCCCAGCUUCUUAUCGUCACAGACCUUGCAGUAUUGUCACAUAUUCCAUGGGUGAUUUUGGAGGUAUUCGAGCAGCCACAGUGGUUCAGCCCUUUUUGAGUGAGCUGGGCAUGAUCUCUUUACCAGUUCGUGUUGCCUUACCAGCUGUGCACAAGAAAUUUGAUGAGGGUGGUCAACCAAAUGAUGCAAGAUUUCAGGAUAACGUUCUGCGACUAGUCAAUGAGUUGUCCUGGUACGUAGAUGCUCUGUGUAAUAAAAAAAACAUGUCACAAGACAUUCCUAAAUGACUGAACUUCUAUGCCCUUAAUUUAUGCCAGUUGCAAUUUUUAAAAGCUUUUGUUUCUUAUAAUUACAUUUUAAAGUGUUUUGCACAAUAGUCAGUUUACAAAUUAAUACACUACUUACGCUGAGCGAAACAUGCAA